AUAAACUUAAAAGUGAGAUCAGCAAGUCAAGAUGUUCUGUUGAGAAGAAUAUUUCCAUUUGGUCAUGGAUAGAAAAUGAAGAAUAGCUAAGAAAUAGACAAAGAGGAAGAGUGAGAGAAAGAAACGAAAGUAUCUGUAUGAGAUUGUGACCUGUUUAACAGUGAGAUGUGGAUGUUCAGUUGUCUCUGCGUACUUUUCGGUGCAGACGUUCUCACCAGUUCACAUGCCCAAGAGGGAGUGAAUUUGGCAAGAAGAGGACGGCCUGUACAGUCAUCCACAUCAGGUAGUUGGGUAGCAGCAAAUGGCAUUGACACUUCACCCUUAACCUGCACCCAUACUGCCACAACUGAUAACCCCUGGUGGAGAGUGGAUCUUCUGGAUUCUUACUUCAUCUCUACAGUCGUCAUCACUAACAGACCAACCUGCUGUCCAGAACGACUCGAUGGGGCAGAAGUUCGUAUCGGAAACUCUUUGGAGAACAAUGGCAACAAUAAUACCAGAUGUGCUGUGCUGUAUGGUGUGCCAAUGGCUCAGUCCGUAUCUGUGACCUGUGAUGACAUAUUGGGACGAUAUGUGAACGUCAUCAUACCUGGAAGUUUGAAGAUUCUCACUAUGUGUGAUGUACAGGUGUAUCAAAAAGUCCAAAAAAGUUUUAUGAAGAUGAACUUUACCUCCAUUCUCGAUAUGUCAGAUGCAACAAAGCGGAGCAACGUUCUUAAUGAGCUGAAGACUGCUUUGACUAUUAAAGGACUCUCAAAUUUCACACUGACCUGGAAAAAACUCCCUCAGAAAGUCCAACUAAAGACAAGCCUGAAUGAUACGUCCAUGUGUUAGGAACAAUUUGAAUAAACAGACAUGGCCCAUUUCAUAUCAACUCAACCAGAUGUCCCUGGCACAAAGCUCUGAUGAAUUUAUUUAUUUAUUUAUUGAGAAAAAAGCUAUAUUAUUAAAUGGCAAAGGUAAAUAUAUUGAGUAAUCCACUCAUUUGUAAAGGGAGCAUGAAGGUCAAAAUAACAACUAGUCACUUGUCAAUGGAAAGUAGCUAAAGCUUGCUUGGAAAGUCGCUAAAUGUUGGUAAAUUAAGUCAUUACUUCAUUAGCAUAACAGGGACGUCAUUACGUCAUAUUUGCAUUUUUACUAGAUUGGUCCUUAAAAUCUGUUUCACGUUUCUCUCACUCUCUGAACUGUUGCUCUAAAAAAUUGCAUUAUUGCCUAAAAAGGUUUUCUCAUUUGUAUAUCUGUUUCUCAGAAAACAAAGUGUAUGUUUAUAUGUUCAAAUAGUCCAGUUUUAAAACAUAUGAGGUGCAUACUUGUCUAAUCUGAAUGUGCUGCUGCUCAUUUAUUUUUGUACAAUGAUUUAUUUUAUUCAAAAACCAUUUUACAUUAACAUCCCGUCCUGAAUAUAAACCAUCUCAGGAUCAUCUCAGCUACUUGCCGCCCAUCUACAUUUAAAUUAACAUA